GUGGCCCUAACACAGUAUCGAUUGUGACGUAGACGUUGACUCUGAAAUGAUCACAUGCUACGGCGUCAUAGCUACACAGGUAGGCUAUAAAUCCCAGGAGCUUCUAACUUUAAAAUAAGGGAAGACAGCUCACGUCAAUAGCUUUAGAGGAACUAGAGUCGUGCAAUUGAAACCGGUCGUACACUUGACGGAACGCAUACUGUAAACAGCCUACUACACUACUUUGAAAAUGGCAAAGAAAGAACAAGCCGCUGUCGUCGAGUGCGCGCUCCAGCUGCGCAGGUUCGGAGAUGUGUUUAACUGGAAAUAUAAGAUACUGGAGCUCAUCGUAACACUGAAGAACUUACACAACGACGAUAAACGCUGAGAAAGACAAAGGAACUGAAGAACGUCAUAUAGAGCAUCGGAAGAGGAUUCAUUUCCGACGAGUUGCGCUUUUCUGACCCCAGCAGCAACAACAAAAAAAGGCGAAAAUGUGAAUUCAAGGAUGAGAUGGAUGGGGGUCACAGUUUGGACCGUUUUUGGGCAUUUCGGUGUUUUUAGAGGUUUUCCGGACUAUGCCGGUCAAAAUGUUAUUCAUUCGACAGUCUUCAUCGUCGAUGGCAGACUGGACUUCCUCUUAUGAAUUGUCGUCAUUGGAUCUUCGGGACUGUAGACUGCACGCGGGGAGCUUUGAGCUUAAACUCCAGCUAAAGCUUGGAAGCCAAAUUAUAAGAUUACUCAUUUCAUCUAGUUUGCCUACUAUUAACAAAUACUAUUGAGUAGAAAUGUGUAAUUAAUAUACAUAAAUAUGUAAUUUUAAGCGCUACGUUUUUAUCAACGUACUGUAUCAGCUUCCUGAAUAUGUAUCGAAUGCAAAUAGCAACAUCUUACUGUUAAAUGCUGUUACGUUGUACGCUUAAUAAAAAUGUAAUGAAAGCAAAGAAAUUGCGUGUAAAUAUGUGUCUGGUCCUUAUUAC